AUGGAUGCCGCUAUAUUGUUAGAUAGUCAGCUGCUCGCCACUGCUCGGGUGAACGUAGCCGAUCGCCAUGGAGCACCGCACGACGUCCGAGCACUGAUCGAUCAGGGAUCAGAGGUGUCGAUCGUUUCUGAAGCACUGGUGCAACGACUGAACCUGCCUCGAUCACGCACCGACAUGGCCAUCUUUGGGAUCGGAGGCGCACGACCAGGAUCAACGCGUGGCAAGGUCACGCUGCACCUCAUUUCGGACAUCGCGAACGCCCGGCUCUCCGUGAUAGCGUUUAUACUGCCACGCCUGUCACUUCUUCAAGGCUCCACGUCCAGCACACCAGAAGAUUGGCCGCAUAUUCGAGGACUCCAACUGGCGGAUCCUCAAUUUCGCGAAAACGAUCCAGCCGAGCUACUCCUGGGAGCGGAGGUGUGCUCCUUAAUUCUUGAAGAGGGUCUACGCAAGGGUGGACCUCAGAUGCCAAUCGCGCAGAAGACAUCGCUAGGAUGGAUCCUCUCUGGAGGCUCCGACGUUGCAUCCGCAGAAGAGCACCGUUGCACAUUCCAGUGCACUGCCGAUCACGAGCUACUCGAGCUGGUGCAGCAGUUUUGGGAACAGGAACGGGAGCCCAACGCAGUCACGACACUCUCCGCCGAAGAGCAGCAAUGCGAGGAAUUCUUCGUGCACACGCACACUCGCACCUCUUCAGGACGAUACGUGGUGAAGCUGCCGUUUCCUCACCAAUCACUGCACUCCGCGAAACCCGCAAACCAGCCGAGCGGCUUCUCACAACGAUGGAGAGACGAUGCGUCCAGGAUCCUCGAUUCGGCAAUCUGUAUCGCAGCUUCAUGA